ACUUUUUUUUCUUUUUUUUUUUUUUGUGAAAAACACAUCCUCUCUCUCUCUCUCUCUCUCUCUCUCUCUCUCUUGAGUAAGUGAGUGAUCUCUUCUCUUUAACCCUCCAAUGCCGUGGGAAUAAUCUCCACUCCCCACUUCCCACUCUUAAACCCUAACCCUAAACCCUAAUUCCUUGAACCCUAACCCCAUGAACUCCCUCUUCUUCUUCUUCCUCCUUCUCCUCCUCUUCUCCCUCGCCGGCGCCGGCGCCGGCGCCGACGGCGGAGACCGCGCGGCGCUGCUCGGCGUGCGCGCGGAGGUCGUGGACCCGCGCGGGGCGCUCUCGUCGUGGGCCGGGCCGCUCGGGGCGAACUGGAGCGGCGUGGUCCUCUCGAACCGGACCGGGCGCGUGGUCGGCGUCUCCCUCUCCGGCGUCUCCCUCUCCGGCGGCGUGCCCCUCUCCCUCUGCCUCCUCCGCCGCCUCGAAACCCUCGACCUCUCCGGCAACUCCCUCUCCGGCCGCUUCGCCUCCUUCCACGGCGACGUCCCCGCCGCCCUCUUCGCCCUCCCCGCCCUCCGCCGCCUCGACCUCUCCCACAACCGCGCCCUCGCCGGCGCCCUCGCCGACGUCGCCGCCCCGCUCGAGCUCCUCAGCCUCGCCGCCAACCGCAUCUCCGGCACCCUCCCCUGCUUCGCCGCCGCCUCGCGCUCGCUCGCCGCGCUCGACCUCUCCGCCAACGCCGUCGCCGGCGGCGUCCCCGCCUGCCUCGCCGACCUCCGCGCCCUCCGAUCCCUCAACCUCUCCGGCAACCGCCUCUCCUACCGCCUCUCCCCGCGCCUCGCCUUCUCCGGCCGCCUCCUCGCCCUCGACCUGAGCUCCAACCGCCUCUCCGGCCCCGUCCCCCGCCGCAUCGUCGACGAUCCGGACAGAUCGGCGCUGAUCCUCCUCGACCUCUCGCGCAACCGCUUCUCCGGCGCCAUCCCGGAGGAGAUCACGGAGCUCCGGAGCCUGCAGGGCCUCUUCCUCUCGCGCAACCAGUUGUCCGGCGAGAUCCCCGCCGGGAUCGGGAACCUGACCUACCUGCAGGCCCUGGAUCUCUCCCGCAACCGGCUCUCCGGCGCCAUCCCGGUGAGCCUCGCCGGGUGCUUCCAGCUGACGCUGCUCGAUCUCGGCCGCAACCAGCUCUCCGGCGCGCUGCGCCCGGAGCUCGACGCCCUCGACAGCCUCCGCAUCCUCGACCUCUCCGGGAACCGGAUCUCCGGCGAGAUCCCGCUCCCGCUCGCCGGCUGCAAGUCCCUCGAGGUCGUCGACCUCAGCGGCAACGAGCUCGCCGGCGAGCUCAGCGGCGCCGUGCUCAAGUGGCAGAGCCUCCGCUCCCUCUCCCUCGCCUCCAACCGCCUCUCCGGGACCCUCCCCGAUUGGAUCUUCUCGUUCCCCUCCCUCCGGUGGCUCGACCUCUCCGACAACCACCUCGCGGGGUUCAUCCCCGACGGCAAUUUCAAUGUGAGCGCCGAAUUCAAUGACAACCGGAGCCGCGACACGGCGAGCCCCCUCGCGGGAUUCGCCGCUUGGUCGUCGGUCGACCUCGAUGCCGGAAGCCGGCAGCUGGAUCUCGAGUACUCGAUUGUAUCGGCGGUCGGGAUCGACUUGUCCCAGAAUGCGAUCCGCGGGAACAUCCCGGAGGGUCUCUUCGGGAUGACGGGGUUGGAGUAUCUCAAUCUUUCGUACAACAAUCUCGACGGCCGGGUGCCGGCGGAGAUGGCGGGGUUGGAGCGGCUCAAAUGGCUCGACCUCGCGCACAAUGCGCUGUCGGGGGAGGUGCCGCGCGGCGGGAUGAGGAGGUUCCCGGGAGCGUUCGCGGGGAACCCGCGGCUCUGCGUGGAGGUGGCCUCUGCGGAUUGCGCGGCGGAGGCGAAGAUGCCGGAGGGGGAGGCGGCGGCGGCAGCGGCGGAGGAUUCGGGGGGAGGCGGCGGUGGCGGCGGCAGCGGAGGAGGGGAGAAGGGGUGGGUUUCGAUCGGGGCGUAUUGGAUUAGCGCGGUGACGAGCUUUUACGUGUCGAUCGUCACCUUGCUCUGCUCCGGCAAGGCGAGGGGGCUCGUUUUCCGGGCGGUGGCGCCGGAGUUUUAGGAUGGGAGAUGGGAGAGAUUUGAUGUACAGAGUGUGGUGUAUCAGUGUAGCUGUUUAACUUAGUAGUUAUUUCAGUUUAAGUUCCAUUGCAGAUUUUAUUGAAUUUACAAGGAAAUGCUUUGUGUUU